AUGACGGACGCGCCGUCGCUCGCCCAUUCGUUGGGGCGAGUCGCGCUCGGGGUGUUCAUCUGGGAGGCGAUGUUUCGAGGAGCGAAGAAGGCGUUCGCGGAUGGGUUACCGGAGCGAGACGCGAAGGAAAGGGCGUAUAAGAAGGCGUUGGCGUCGUACGCGGUGUCGUUCGUGCACGCGAUCUUCUUAGCGUGGGCGGGAUGGGUCAUUGUGUUCAAACUGCGGAACGCGUCGGAAGCCGAGCGGUUAUCGCUGUAUGCGAACGACGACGAGAGGUUCGUGGGGUUCGUCGAGGUGGUGACGAUCGCAUUUUUUAGUUAUGUUUUGUACGAUUUGUUUCACGUCGUGGAGCAGUACCCGAAUCUGGGGGGUGUGGACAUGCUGGCGCACCACGCGGCUUUUGCCACGGCUUCUUUCCUGGCGUACGCAUACGGGGCGUACCCGUACAUGUUAGGGUGGUUGUGCACGUGCGAGACGUCGACGCCGAUCUUAAACGUGCGAUUUUUUGUGAAGUCGUGGCGGGAGAUGGAUUACACGCUACCAUACAUCUCGUACAUUGCGGAGAAGCUCGGGAUGAAGACGCGAGGCGCUGUCGCCGGGAACUGGCUCGAGUACUAUGUGAGCGUCGCCUUCUUUUGUGUCUUUGUGGCGGUCCGAUUGGUGGGUUACGGCGGCGCGUUCAUUGCGCUGAACUUUGACUUGAGGUCAACGGAGGAUAACUUCCUCCCGUACUCCGUCCGGGCGACGCUGUACACACUCGUGCUCAUGGGACUGUUGCUAAAUGUGGUGUGGUCAUAUAAAAUCAACGGCAUGGUUCGUCACUUCCGGCGCAAGGUGCUCAAACAGCGAGACGAGGGCGAGGCUCCAAUCAGUGACAGCGAAGAAGAUCCGGGUGCGACACAAAAGCUUAGCUGA